AUGAAUUACAAUUAUGUGCCCAAGCCUGAGUCGUCAGUGCUAGACCACCUACUAUCGGCCCUAGGAACUCUACAACCAUUCUCGCCUCUCAUGAGUGGGAGACCCGCGAUCGACGAACUCCUCCUGGGGCCACAAAGGUCUGGCAUGCACAGCCCAAGUCUGAACAGCGGCCGGCUCCACCACCUUCCAGUAGACGACACAGAGAAGGCGCGUUCAGUGUUUCUGACUCUCCACGUCUUGUUCCCGCACCAUCUGCUGCCGGCACUGGAUCUGCUGGAUCGAGGGCUUGUCACCCGUUUGAUGCCCAAGUCCUCAGGGUCGGCGGCAUCACAAAGUCAAGGACCAUCAUGGGAAGUCUACUACGUCCAGUCAAGCAGUGCCUUGACAUCGAAGCCGAGUCCACGACGCAAGAAACCAAGUGUGUUGGCGAUUUUCUACGAGGUUCGCCUGGAUUCAUGGAAUUGCAGCUGUCCGGCUUUCAGUGUUGAUGCAUUUCAAGGGUUGAUGGAUCAAUAUGAGAAUGAUGAAGAGCCGGUCGAUGGGAGUACUGUGCUACCGACGACGGAGCAGCUGGGGCAGCUUGACUUUAAUCCACCUAGGGAAGACGAAACUGAGGAAGCAGGGGGGCGGGUGGGAGGGACGACAACCUUUGCAAUACCUGGUGGGACACCUGUUUGCAAGCAUAUCCUUGCUGCGACACUGGCCAAGGUCGCUCCGAAUUUGUUUAGCACAGGUGUGACGGAGACGACGGCCUCGCGCGAACAGCUUGCUGGGUGGGGAGCGGGCUGGGGCGAGUUUGGAUAUGGUUGA